AUUUCAUAUAUGGCUUAUUUUUAAAAGAAGAAGAACACAAAACAGUAGAGAGAGAAAGAGAUAUAGAGAUAGAGAGAGAUAGGGCUUUGAGGUUUGUGUUUGUAUUAUAAUACAUAAUAUAUAGGAAUAGUGUCUUCUUCUUCAUCAUCAUCUUCUAUCUCAUCAUCAUCAUCAUGCAUCAUCUUCUUCUUGGUUCUUUCUUUAGCUCCGAUUUAUAGCUUUUAAUUUUGACUAUUUUUUUUCCUUCUUCUACUUGGUUUCUUUCUCUUGAUCUCAGGUACAAGAAAAAUACAACUUAGAAAUCUUUCCUCUUAAUUCUUUCAAAAGUUUAGGAACAAAAAACAAAAGUAUAAACUCUUAAUUUGUUUUUCUUUGUUUAUGUCUUCUAGUGAAAUGGUUUUUAUAAAAUUUCUUCAUGUCGUCAAUCUCUAUGGAUUUUUCCUGUUCUUAUAAUUCCUCCCUUCGUUUUCUUCUUAACUUUUUUGUCUUACGAAUUAUUUGUAGAUUAUUCUCUUCCACGCAAAGAAGAAGAUCUAAAGAUGUCGUCAUCAUCAUAUAACACAAGCGUUAUUCCUUCAUCAUCAUCCUCUGCUCAGCCUUUCUUCAUCACCAGCUCCGGCACCGGAGAUAACGACUUUAACCGGAAAGAUACUUUUAUGUCAAUGAUUCAACAACCUAACUCCUCAGCUCCACCACCCAAGAAACGAAGAAACCAACCCGGAAACCCAAAUCCUGAUGCGGAAGUGGUAGCAUUAUCUCCAAAGACACUAAUGGCUACAAACAGAUUCAUAUGCGAUGUAUGUAACAAAGGGUUUCAAAGAGAACAAAAUCUACAGCUUCACCGAAGAGGACACAAUCUCCCAUGGAAGCUGAAACAAAAAUCAACCAAAGAAGUGAAGAGGAAAGUGUAUCUUUGUCCGGAGCCAACGUGCGUUCACCAUGACCCGUCACGUGCUCUCGGAGACCUCACCGGAAUCAAGAAGCAUUAUUACCGUAAACAUGGCGAAAAGAAGUGGAAAUGUGAGAAAUGUUCUAAGCGUUACGCUGUUCAAUCAGAUUGGAAAGCUCACUCUAAGACUUGUGGUACUAAAGAGUAUCGAUGUGACUGUGGUACCAUCUUCUCUAGACGUGAUAGUUACAUCACGCAUAGGGCUUUCUGCGAUGCAUUGAUACAAGAGACUGCAAGAAACCCUACCGUGAGCUUUACGUCAAUGACAGCUGCUAGUAGUGGUGUCGGCUCCGGCGGAAUCUACGGGAGACUUGGCGGUGGCAGUGCUCUCUCACACCACCAUUUGAGUGACCAUCCAAAUUUUGGAUUUAACCCUCUCGUGGGUUACAAUCUGAACAUUGCAUCUUCUGAUAAUAGGAGAGACUUUAUUCCGCAAUCAUCAAACCCUAACUUCCUAAUCCAAAGCGCUUCGAGCCAAGGAAUGUUGAAUACAACGCCAAACAACAAUAACCAGAGUUUCAUGAACCAGCAUGGUCUGAUACAGUUUGAUCCAGUCGACAACAUCAACCUCAAGAGUAGCGGCACCAACAACAGCUUCUUCAACCUCGGAUUCUUUCAAGAAAACACGAAGAACUCAGAGACGAGUCUUCCUUCUCUAUAUAGCACCGACGUUCUUGUUCAUCACCGUGAAGAAAACUUGAACGCGGGUUCUAACGUGUCAGCCACGGCACUACUUCAGAAAGCUACACAAAUGGGUUCAGUCACAAGCAACGACCCAUCUGCUUUGUUCAGAGGCUUAGCUUCUUCGUCUAACUCAUCAAGUGUUAUCGCUAAUCACUUUGGUGGAGGACGAAUUAUGGAGAAUGAUAAUAAUGGAAACCUUCAAGGUCUAAUGAACUCAUUAGCCGCCGUUAAUGGAGGUGGCGGAUCCGGUGGCAGUAUCUUCGACGUUCAAUUUGGAGACAAUGGAAAUAUGAGCGGCUCGGACAAGUUAACGUUAGAUUUUCUUGGAGUUGGAGGAAUGGUGAGAAAUGUAAAUCGCGGUGGUGGUGGUGGUGGUCGCGGCAGUGCUCGUGGCGGAGUUUCUUUGGAUGGUGAGGCGAAGUUUCCUGAGCAAAAUUAUCCAUUUGGAAGAGGUUGAUAAUAUCUUAUUAUUGUAUAACUUAAUUAGGUGAUAAUUUUGUUAUCUUCGCUUGUUGUUUUCAUAAUCACUAUAUAAUAAUAGUAUAUCUUUAGUGAGAGCUUUUUAGGUUUGGAUUUGGUUAGAGUCUGUCUUUUAUAUAAUAAAAAAGAUUGUAAGUUUGCUAGCUAUUGUACUGACUUACAACUCCAAUAUGAUUUUAUGUGGUGUUGUUUAUAACCGAGAGAAUGAUA